CGGGAGCCGAGGCGGGAGGGGCGCUCCCCCGCCCCCGGAACGGAAUCCUUGGGGAGCAGAGCAGGCUCGCGCGCGUGCAUCCCGCACCAUCCCUCGGCCCCCAGCCCCGGCCCGCGUCAGACCGAGCUGCCGCCGCCGCCGCCGCCGCCUUACAGCAGCAGCACUCGGGAAUCCGGACCCAGCCGGGGCGGCGGGAGGCGGGGGCGCCGGGGCCCUGGAUGUCCCGCAGCGCGGCGGCCAGCGGGAGACCCAGGAGGCCUGAGCAGCGUCUGCCUCCAGCCCCCUGUGGGGCCCUGGGGCCCCCUGAAACCUCCAGGACGGAGCCAGACGGGGCGGGCACCAUGAACAAGUUACGGCAGAGCCUGCGGCGGCGGAAGCCAGCCUAUGUGCCGGAGGCAUCACGCCCGCACCAGUGGCAGGCAGAUGAGGACGCAGUGCGCAAGGGCACGUGCAGCUUCCCGGUCAGGUACCUGGGCCACGUGGAGGUGGAGGAGUCCCGUGGGAUGCACGUGUGUGAAGAUGCUGUGAAGAAGCUGAAGGCGAUGGGCCGAAAGUCCGUGAAGUCUGUUCUGUGGGUGUCAGCUGAUGGGCUCCGAGUCGUGGAUGACAAGACCAAGGACCUGCUGGUAGACCAGACCAUCGAAAAGGUCUCCUUUUGUGCUCCUGACCGCAACCUGGACAAGGCUUUCUCCUACAUCUGCCGUGAUGGGACUACUCGCCGCUGGAUCUGCCACUGUUUCCUGGCACUCAAGGACUCUGGUGAGAGGCUGAGCCACGCCGUGGGCUGUGCUUUUGCAGCCUGCCUGGAGCGGAAGCAGCGACGGGAGAAGGAAUGCGGGGUCACAGCUGCCUUCGAUGCCAGCCGCACAAGCUUUGCCCGCGAGGGCUCCUUCCGCCUGUCUGGGGGUGGGCGGCCUGCUGAGCGAGAGGCUGCGGACAAAAAGAAAGCAGAGGCAGCAGCUGCCCCCACUGCAGCUCCCGGCCCUGCCCAGCCUGGGCACGUGUCCCCAACACCAGCCACCACAUCCCCUGGUGAGAAGGGUGAGGCAGGCACCCCUGUGGCUGCAGGCACCACUGCAGCUGCUAUCCCUCGGCGCCAUGCCCCCCUGGAGCAGCUGGUUCGCCAGGGCUCCUUCCGUGGGUUCCCGGCACUCAGCCAGAAGAACUCGCCUUUCAAACGGCAGCUGAGCCUACGGCUAAACGAGCUGCCAUCCACGCUGCAGCGCCGCACUGACUUCCAGGUGAAGGGCACAGUGCCUGAAAUGGAGCCCCCUGGUGCCAGUGACAGCGACGGCAUCAACGCUCUGUGCACACAGAUCAGCUCAUCUUUCGCCAGUGCUGGAGCGCCAGCACCAGGGCCACCACCGCCCAUGUCAACAGGGACUUCUGCCUGGGGUGAGCCCUCCGUGGCCCCUGCAGCUGCCUUCCAGCCUGGGCACAAGCGGACCCCUUCGGAGGCCGAGAGGUGGCUAGAGGAGGUGUCCCAGGUGGCCAAAGCACAGCAGCAGCAGCAGCAAGCGGCCUCAGUACCCCCCGUGCCCCCCGUGCCCCCUGCCCUGCAGCCCUUCCCUGCCCCCAUGGGGCCCUUUGAUGCUGCACCUGCCCAGGUGGCUGUGUUCCUGCCACCCCCACACAUGCAGCCCCCUUUUGUGCCCACCUACCCAGGCUUGGGCUACCCACCCAUGCCCCGCGUGCCUGUGGUGGGCAUCACACCCUCACAGAUGGUGGCCAAUGCCUUCUGCUCAGCUGCCCAGCUCCAGCCCCAGCCCGCCACCCUACUUGGGAAAGCUGGAGCCUUCCCACCCCCUGCCAUGCCCAGUGCCCCUGGGGGCCAGGCCCGCCCACGUCCUAAUGGGGCCCCCUGGCCCCCAGAGCCAGCACCUGCCCCGGCCUCUGAGUUGGACCCCUUUGAGGCCCAGUGGGCAGCGUUAGAAGGCAAACCCACUGUAGAGAAGCCUUCCAACCCCUUCUCGGGCGACUUGCAGAAGACCUUUGAGAUUGAACUGUAGCUGGAGCUGCCCUGCCCACCCCGUUAUCUCCAGGUGCCCCACGUCUGGGAGUGGAGGCCCAACCUUUCCCCUCAUCCUGCUCCCUGGGGCUGUGCCCCUCAACACCCCCUCUAAUCCUUUCUCUCGACCACUCCCACAAGCACUACAGAACCGAUAUUGUGAUGCCCAGGUUGCGACAGGAUGGAAUUCAGGGACCGACCCAGCCUGACUAAGGGGACCCAUUUCACUGCCAGACUUAGGCUGGCAAUGGCCCUUUGCCCCCACCCCAGACACGGGGAUGGCCACAGUCCCACUGAGUGCCCUCGGUUCACGCUACAUUUCCCAGUUUCUGUUGUUGACCUUCUACUUUCCAGUGUUGGGUGGGAUGGGGAAGGAAUGCUCACUUGGAGGCGCUACUGGGCCCCACACAGGGGCCCACCCCAAGUCUGGUUUCCCCUCCCCCAUACACAGCACAAGCAAAGGGCUUCCCUCUGCCCACCCACUGCGUUCACUGCCAAUGCUGUGCUUACCCUUAUCACCCCUCCCCCCACUUGCGGGCCCACAUCUUCCUCUGGCCAAGGUCUCAUGGGGACAGGGGCCAAGUUGGGGGCCCAGGAGUGGGGUAGAGGGAAGAGGAAGGAGUUGCUCAGUUACCUCACUUCGUUGCCCGCUGGGGAGGGGUCCAGAGGAAAGCGGAGGGGUGCCUGGCGGGUACUUUUCUAUCUUUUAUUUCCAGAUUUUUUUGUAUCUAAACUUGCAGAUUUGUAUUAUACAAGGACAGCCAAUAAAGGAAGAAUAUAAUGGUG